GAGGAGUUGGAAAAUGGAAAAUUUGGCAAAAAGCGCUUUUUAGGUGGGAUAUAACGAGGAAGUCGCAUCCUUCUAUAUGUCAAAUCAGCACACAGUCCCAAGUCCCCAAGAAGCAAUUAUAAAUUGAUAGGGGAAGAGGUGGAGAGAGAGAGAGAGAGGAACGGGGAACUGACAAAAAUGGCGGAAGAAACACUGGCUGCUCUCAGGUCUCUGAUGGCUUCACACUCACCCAAGCUGGAUGCGUUGGUCGUGCCUUCUGAAGACUAUCACCAGAGUGAGUAUGUGUCCGCGAGGGACAGACGGCGAGCAUUUGUGUCUGGAUUCACUGGAAGUGCUGGUUUGGCACUUGUUACAGCAAAUGAGGCAUUGCUUUGGACAGAUGGACGUUACUUUUUGCAGGCAGAACAAGAGCUUAGCAAACAGUGGAAGCUCAUGCGUAUGGGAGAAGAUCCUGCAGUUGAUAUCUGGAUGGCUGAUAAUCUGCCAACUGAGGCGGCUAUUGGUGUUGAUCCAUGGUGCGUAUCAGUUGACACUUCACAGAGAUGGGAGCGUGCUUUUGCUAAGAAACAACAAAAGUUGAUUCAGACGACUACCAACUUGGUAGAUCAAGUUUGGACAAGUAGACCACCAGCUGAAAUAAAUCCUGUUAUUGUGCAUCCACUUGAAUUUGCUGGUCGCUCUGUUGAAGAUAAACUAAAGGACUUGAGGGAAAAGCUCGUGCAGGAAAAAGCUCGUGCUAUUAUACUUACUACAUUAGACGAGGUGGCGUGGCUUUAUAAUAUCCGUGGAUCUGAUGUUCCAUAUAACCCAGUUGCACAUGCCUAUGCUAUAGUAACAUUAGCUGCUGCUUUCUUUUAUGUGGACAAGAGAAAAAUUUCUUCUGAGGUAAGCUCUUAUAUGGAGAAAAACGGUAUUGAAGUGCGGGAUUAUGGUGUAGUGAGCUCAGAUACAGCCUUACUGGCAUCUGACCAGCUUGCUUCUACCAAUUCAGCCAAAGAAACUGGCAAGGCUGGUACGACAGUGAGUGAUAAUUCUGUAGAAGAGAGAAGGAAUGAUCUUGUAUGGAUCGAUCCUGGUACAUGCUGCUUUGCUUUGUAUUCAAAACUGAAUCAGGAUAAACUUUUCCUGCAGUCAUCACCUUUGGCCCUUGCAAAAGCCAUAAAGAAUCCUGUUGAGUUAGAAGGAUUGAAGAAUGCACAUAUCAGGGAUGGGGCAGCUGUGGUCCAAUACCUUGUUUGGCUGGACAAUCAGAUGCAGGAAAUUUAUGGCGCUGCUGGUUACUUUGUGGAUGGUGAGGUUAACAAGGACCAACCGAGAACAGCAAAGCUUACUGAAGUGUCUGUAAGUGAUAAGCUAGAGGGGUUCCGUGCAUCUAAAGAGCAUUUUAGGGGGUUGAGUUUCCCUACUAUCUCAUCAGUUGGUCCGAAUGGUGCAAUUAUACAUUAUUGUCCAGAGGCCGAAACAUGUGCAGAACUUGAUCCAAAUAGUAUGUACCUAUUUGAUUCAGGAGCACAGUAUCUAGAUGGAACAACUGACAUUACUCGGACAGUACAUUUUGGAAAACCAACUUCCCAUGAGAAAGCAUGUUAUACUGCGGUUCUCAAGGGUCACAUUGGCUUGGGAAAUGCUCGAUUCCCCAAUGGAACCACUGGUCACAUACUUGAUGUUCUUGCACGACUUCCUUUGUGGAAGUAUGGUCUUGACUACAGGCAUGGCACCGGCCAUGGGAUAGGAUCUUACCUAAAUGUUCACGAAGGACCUCAUCAAAUUAGUUUCAGGCCAGCUGCUCGGAAUGUGGCAUUACAACCGUCAAUGACUGUGACGGAUGAACCUGGUUAUUAUGAGGAUGGGAACUUUGGCAUAAGAUUGGAGAAUGUGCUUAUCGUAAAAGAAGGUGGUACAAAGUUCAAUUUUGGCGACAGGGGCUACUUAUCAUUUGAACAUAUAACAUGGGCACCAUACCAAAAGAAGUUGAUGGAUGUGAGCCUCCUCGUGCCUGAAGAAAUUGAAUGGUUGAACAACUACCACUCCAAAUGCAGAGAAAUCCUGGCUCCAUAUUUGAAUGCUUCUGAGAUGGAAUGGCUGAAGAAAGCAACUGAACCUAUUAGUGCUUGAGUCUUUCCAUUUCAUCAGUCUCCGUUCCAAGCAACAUUACUUGUGUGCACCAUUUCGAAAUAGCCAAGCCCACCCCUUUCCCACAUUUAUUUCCGGUUCAAUGCUUACAGUAUUUUAGAACCAGAUUAAUGAUGUUAUUCCCUAUUUAUUAUUAUGCAAAGGAAAAGAUUUCUGACCUAA